AUGAAUAUAACAGAAGAAGAAUCAACAGCAACUUCAUUAAUUAUUAAUUCAAUAUCCCCAACAUUUCCCCCUACAUUUUCAACCCAACAAAACAACUUAACUACUCCUUCCCUAACAAAAACAACUUUUAAUUUCCAACAAAAAAGGGAUGUUUCUUUCCAUUUUUCUUUAAUUUUUGGUUCAUUAAUUGGGGGUGUUACUGUUGUUGGGUUAACUGCUAAUAUUCUUGUUGUUAUUGCUAUUUUGAGUGAUAGAAAAAUGAGAAAAUCUCCAAUGAAUCUUUUAUUGUUAAAUUUGGCAAUAGCAGAUUUACUUUAUUUGUUGGCAUUUACACCUUUUUGGUUAUCUAUGAGUGUUUAUGGAGAUGGGGGUUGGCAUUUUAGUGAUAUGUUUUGUCCGAUUGCCAGAUUUUUUGGAAAUAUAUUUUUAGUAAUUUCAAUACUUACUUAUUUAGCUAUUUGUAUUGAAAGAUAUGUUGCUAUUGUACAUCCUAUAGCAAUGCACACAUCUGUUUGGUGUACUCGUUCACGUGUUUUGGUUAUAGCUUUUGGUAUUUGGGUAUUUGCAAUGGCAUAUCAAUUUCCUUAUUUGGUUGUAUUCCAAGUUUUUGAUAUUCCAGAAAAAAAUUUGCGUGUUUGUAGAAACCCUUUAGCGUCAAAAAGCAAAAUUUGGAAAAUUUAUAAAUGGUCAGAAUUUUUGUUAACUUAUGCUUUACCUAUAAUUAUUUCUGUUUUGUUAUAUUCUCGAAUUUGUCGAGUUUUGUGGUUUAAAAAUAAAAAUGGAGAAAAUUAUGGGAAAGGACAAAAUGAAAUUGAAAACAAAACAGAAUUAAAGCCAAACAUAAAUAAACGUCCAAGUGGCCGAACAAUCAAAAAAGUAUUGGAAACAAGAUUUAGGGAAGCAAUUUCUGAUGUUCAAAAUAAAAGAAAAGUUGUCCCAAAAGAAGAAGAAAUUUUUAAUUUUAAUAAUUCUUCUGAAAAAAGGCAGAAACCAAUGAAUGUUUCUUCUUCAGCUAAUUUACGUGCUAGAAGGAGUGUUGUUAAAAUGUUGAUGUUAUGUGUCGGCCUAUUUUUUCUUUGUUAUACACCAAUGGUUGCCUAUUUUGUUUGGAGUGCAUUAUUUGGACGUCCACUUCCUUUGCCUUUCGAAUUUGUAUUAAUUACAAGUGCUUUAGUUCAAUUUCAAAGUGCUUUUAAUCCUUUUCUCUACACACUUUUUGCUACACAAUUUAGAGAAAAAUUGUCAAAAUUAUUUUUAAUUUGUAGCAAAAAAGGAAAAAACAAAAUAAUUAAUCAACAUAAAAUUAGUGCAAAAUCAACAAGUACUUUUUCUGUUUAA